AUGAAGGAAGCAAAUAUGGCUGUCCCUGUGAGUAUCGGGGCUCUGCUUCAGUCAGACUUCCUGGAGGACGCUGCUUACCGGGACGACGGCCUGUGUGUUGUCGGUAUUUUCGGAAAAAGCAACAUGCAGCCCGGGCCGCUGAAGGAGUCUCUUAUCAACACUCUGGCAGACAAACAUAUCUUCUCGCUGUUCGGCGGACCGCAGGGCGGCGGCACCGCAGACAGCCACAUCCAGGCUUUCUACAACCAGGAGAACCGGGUGCUGUACCUGGUGCUCUCCUCUGUCUGCGACAGCCGGCAGCUGCUGCAAGCCUGCCAGUCUCUGAGCGCCGGCACCGGCCACUCUGACUCCCAUGACUUCUGGAAAGGCCUCGACAGACAGCACUGCCUCCACCUGCUCUACAUGUUCUCCGUCUGCCAUGUUCUCUUGCUCGUCCAUCCCAACCAGACCUUCGAUGUGACCUACGACCGGCUCUUCAGAGCCCUGGACGCCCUGCGACAGAAGGUGCUGCCUCUGAUCCGAGCUGCCAUCAAAGACUGUCCAGUGUCCAAGGAGUGGAAGGUGAACUGCCGGCCCUGCCCUCCGCGCCUGCUCUUCGUCUUCCAGAUGAACGGCACUCUGAAGGUUUCUGCAAACGGCUCAGAGUCAGGAGGGAAUCCAGACAAACCCAAAAAGCACUCUCCCAGGAGGAGGCUGCAGCAUGCCCUGGAGGACCAAAUUUAUCGCAUCUUCCGUAAAAGCAGAGUCCUUACCAACCAAAGCAGCAACUGCUUGUUCACCGUGCCCGCCAACCAGGCAUUUGUGUAUGUGAUACCAACAGCAGACGAGGACCCUGUAGGUGCCUUGCUUGGUCAGCUGCGGUCCAACUGCAUCUUGUGUGACCAAGACUCCACCACGUCGGUGUCAGGACCGAGGCGUUACCAGCAGAUGCGACGCUCGGCUCGGCAGUCUAUCUGCAGUGGAGAUUCAGGCAGCAUGUCGAUGGGCGCUCAGCUGGUGGACUGCAGCUUGAAGGAAUUCCUCUGGCAGCAUGUAGAGCUGGUGCUGACCAAGAAAGGCUUUGAUGAUAGUGUCGGCCGCAACCCACAGCCUUCGCACUUCGAAUUGCCAACCUACUCCAAAUGGGUCCAGGUCGCCUCCAGACUCCACCAAGUCCUAAUUAGCAACACAGAUGAAGAAAUAGCUGAGCUAGCCUCGAAAGUGCAAAGCCAGCUGAAGGUUUUGGAGGGUUUUCUUGACGCUGACACCAAGUUCUCUGAGAACAGGUGUCAGAAAGCUCUGCCACUAGCUCACAGCGCUUACCAGUCCAACCUUCCUCAUAACUACACCACUACAGUGCACAAAAACCAGCUGGCGCAAGCUCUGCGGGUGUAUAGCCAGCAUGCUCGUGGCGUGGCUUUUCAGCGCUACGCACUGCAGCUUCAUGAGGACUGUUACAAGUUCUGGAGUAACGGCCACCAGCUGUGUGAGGAGCGAAGCCUGACUGACCAGCACUGUGUUCACAAGUUCCACCUACUACCUCAGCCAGGAGAGAAGCCAGACAUGGAUCGCAACCCACCCAUCCUAAACCACAACAGCAGGGGGCGCUCCACCAGCUCCUGUAACUGUGGCAGGAAACAGGCUCCUCGGGAGGAUCCGUUUGACAUCCAGGCUGCCAAUUAUGACUUUUACCAGAUGCUGGAGGAGAAAUGCUGUGGGAAGCUGGAGAGGAUUGAGUUUCCAGUGUUCCAGCCCAGCACUCCUGACCCAGCCCCAGCCUGCAACCAAGCUCAGCGACUCCCAUCCGAGGCUUCAGGGUCUGGUGAGGCAGAGAGGCUGAAGGAGCCGAGCACUGCCCAGAGCCAUACACCCGGAGACACCAGCCUCAGCCUGGCUCUCAGUCUGGGCCAGUCCACGGACAGUCUGGGUCCCUACGCUGAUGGAGAUGGCACGGACACCCAAGUCCAGCAAAAGAGACCAAGCCUCGUAGAUCGCCAGCCAUCCACUGUGGAGUAUCUCCCUGGUAUGAUGCACUCUGGCUGCCCCAAGGGCCUGCUACCCAAGUUCUCCAGCUGGUCACUGGUCAAACUGGGCCCAGCAAAGUCAUACAACUGCCACACCGGUCUGGAACAGCCAGGCUUCCUCCCCGGCUCCUCCUUCCUCUUACCAUGGGACUUGGUGAUCCGCUCUCGGUCAGAGGAGGAUACCGGCCUGACGGAGCCUUUGGACGGAGGCACCUCCUCAUGGCCAGCCCCCAACAAGACCCUGGUGGGAAAGCGGGGCAGCACGGGAGGGCUCGGUAGGAGUCGCAGGAGAGAUGAUAUGGCUCGUGCAUUUGUGGGCUUUGAGUAUGAAGACAGCAGGGGAAGACGUUUCAUUAGCUCUGGGCCUGAUAAGAUAGUGAAGGUGCUGGGGCCAGGGGGCGCCAAAGAUCCCGCCACCAGGGUGCUAAACACCGAUAUGCCACUGUACAUCCCUUCUCCUUCCCAGGGCCGUGGCCUGAAGCCUCACUACGCCCAGCUGGCUCGCCUUUUUAUCGUGGUGCCUGACGCUCCGCUAGAGGUUACCCUCAACCCACAGGUACAGCCUGGUCCUCCUCCCUGCCCAGUUUUCCAUCCAGAGCAGACAGAUUUAGUGUUGCCGCCUGAUGGUCUUUGGGUGCUGCGGUUCCCUUAUUCAUAUGCAACAGAUCGCGGGACCUGUUACCCACCCAAAGAAAACCAACCCCUCAACAACUACAAGGUGCUGCGAGGCAUCCUGAGGGCCACCACUGCUAACCCUCCCCCACAAUGACCUCACCUUCUUGAACCUUAUUUAUUUACACCUCCUCAUAUAGGCUGAGGUUGUUUUUGUUUUUUUUGUUUCGCUGUACAUGGCAGGGUCUGUCAGUGACAUUCUCCCCAAGGGUCUCAGAAACUAAUGUCUGGAUUGUCAUUAAAGGAGCUUUGGUGUUCGUGGUCUGCGGAGAUUUUGUCCUAUUGAUUUUGAGGACCUUAUGACCUUCCCUUUUAAAGCAUAAUUCAAAUCGUUCAGCUUUACUGAACAAUUUUAUGCUUCCCAGAGGAAGAACCCACUUAUGGCACUUGGGAACAAUUAUGACCAUCUCAUCAUCAUGAUAAUUUCACUUCAGUCCAGCUUGACCUUAACUUGAGUCAGUCAUGUGUUAUCAUUUAUGUAGGUGUGUUUUUGUUACAUUUUACAGGGUGACGUCUGAUUAACAAAAGUCAGCAGCAGCGAACUCAGUAUACAUUAAAGCACAGGUUAAGGUGAAGUGUCAAUAAUUAGGCUGAACUAAAGUGUAUUCUGCUGUAUCUGAAUAUUACCACAACACACUCAAGACUCUACUGCAACAUUGAUCACUGCUUACAUACCUAGACAGACAUAUCCAAAACACUGGAUACCUCCUUGAGUGUAAAAUGUUCUUGAUUU